UUACGUUAGUACAUCUAUGGCACUUAUUGUGAAGUUUGCCAAUCUGAUAUUUGGCUCCAUCAAUCUAUUCCUUGGAUUUCUGGGGAUGUUCCUGAACAUCAUGAUAUUUUACGGUUGGAAGAGAACCCGUACCAGAAGUUCCAACUGUUUGAUCCACAUCACUAUCAGUAACCUGAUCGCAGGAACACAAGCUGUAGUGUUAGGACUGGGUCUGGUUAACCAGAGAGAAAAACUACCCACAGACAUUCUGUUUUGUCAAAUUCCUGGCAUUCUGGUUAAUCUGAACCAGAUAUCAACCCCCCUACUCCUCUCCAUCACUACUAUCGAGAGAAUCAUUGCUAUAGCCUUCCCCGUCAAGUUUUCCCAGCUCAGCUUCAAUCAUCCGUUUUAUUGGAUCGGGUUCUCUAUAAGCUGGCUAUGGGGUCUCGGCGUGGCGUCGGCCCCCUUCAUUGCAGGACACAAGAUGAGAUACCAACCAGAUUGGGCAACAUGUGAUUUCAAGAUGACCGAGAUUAUUCCAAACCACCACAACGCCGGCUACUUCCUCGUCCUCUUUCUUCUUGCCGUGCCUCUCAUAAUUGCAUGGUUUAUCAUCGUAGCUGGGAACUUUAUAGUUGCGUUGAAACUGUUCAAGUCUCCAAUCAAACGAGCGAAACAACAAGACGACACUGGUACAGGUAACUCCUGCCCAGUCUUACCCGAGAACUGUAUCAUUCACCACCAAGAACCCACUUUCCAAAAAAACAAUAGACCUAUAUCUUAUCCCAACACGAGACGUCUAUCAAAUCCAAACACUAGGCGAGUAUCCAUCCCCUCCAGAGAAGAUCGGAGCAGUUCCCUAACUAGCGGGAGUGCGGUUGUUGCCAUCAUUGCCAAGCGUAAGGCAAUCCGGGAUAAUAUCAGUGGUCUGACGAGGAUGGAAGCCGCCGUCAUCAAGUGCACUUUAUCCCUAUCAUUCAACUACCUGGUAAUCCAUUUCAUCUUCAUCAUGCAAGUGCUAGUGUACGUGUUUGAGCCGGAUACUUCUGUGUUCGACCUGAUAGCAGCAACCCCCACAGGAAAGCUGUACGCAACCUUGUGGUACUACAUGGCGAUGCCAGUAACCGGAUUUGUGAACACCAUCAUGCUCCUUAAACACAACAAGACCAUGAGGAGGACCACCUGGGAGUUGAUAGUGCGGGGAGGCCGGAAUGUGGCGGGAAUGUGUGACAGUUGCAGGUGUAGUUUUAAAGGGUAGUUGGAGAUGUGAUCCAUAUUAGUUAUAGGACUACCAGGAUGGCGGUGAAUUGGAGAAAAAAUAGUGUAUGUUUUAGCGUUUUGUUUUUUAUUUGUAUAAGUGUGUAAAUGGAAUCAAUGAAUGUAUAAUUUACCAAUAAAUAGUCGUGUUUAUUUGUAAUUUAUCUAUUUCCUAUAGAACAAUUUUCCUGUGGAAUUCAUUUUCUGUGAAACUU